CGUCACGCUGCAUGCCAUCUGGGGACAGGCGGUGUGUGGCGAAAUCUGAUGAAAUACUCCCAUAGCAUUACGCUUUCCCUGUGUUUUCCUUGAGUUGCAAUGUCUGCUAAACUGUUCUCCGUGAACACCGUCGCUUUUAAAUAUUUGAAAACUCUCCAAGACUGUUCUACACGAGGGUUUAGCAUUGGAGCUGCAUCCCUUGGUUCAGUGAAUUUAAAAGGUCGCAGCUGCCUGACUCUGAAAGACUUCAGCUCAGAUGAAAUCAGGAGGCUGCUGUGGGUUUCAGGGGAUCUAAAACAUCGGAUCAAGCAUGAAAAACAGUAUCUUCCUCUCCUGCAAGGAAAGUCGAUUGCCAUGAUAUUUGAAAAGAGAAGCACCAGAACGAGAAUGUCCACAGAAACAGGUUUUGCUUUGCUGGGUGGGCACCCCUGUUUCCUCACCUCUCAGGACAUCCACCUGGGAGUGAAUGAGAGUGGCACCGACACAGCUAGGGUUCUCUCAGGACUCUGUGAUAUUGUCUUGGCACGAGUGUACAGCCAUUCCACACUGGAGGAGCUGGAUAAGGAGGGGUCCAUCCCCAUCAUUAACGGCCUGUCUGACCUCUACCACCCAAUCCAGAUUCUGGCUGACUUCCUCACUUUACAGGAGCACUAUGGGUCCCUUAGUGGACUAACACUGAGCUGGAUUGGCGAUGGGAACAACGUGCUCCACUCUUUCAUGAUGACUGCACCUAAAUUAGGAGUUCAUCUUAAAAUUGCUACACCAAAGGGGUAUGAGCCAGAGAGGAGUGUUAUUCAAGAGGCACAAAGGCUCUCCAAAGAGCAUGGGACCCAGCUGGUCCUGACCUCUGACCCGAUGGAGGCCGCCCACGGCAGUAAUGUGUUGGUCACCGACACCUGGGUCAGCAUGGGACAGGAGGAGGAGAAGAAAAAGAGGCUCAAAGACUUUAAGGGUUACCAGAUUACAAUGCAGACAGGAAGUGUGGCCAAACCAGACUGGACCUUCCUGCACUGUCUCCCCCGGAAAAUGGAGGAGGUGGAUGAUGAAGUAUUCUACUCAUCCCGCUCCCUCGUCUUCCCCGAGGCAGAGAAUAGAAAGUGGACAAUUAUGGGUCUGAUGGUUUCUCUUCUGACCGACUACACUCCACAGAUCCCCAUGCAAAAGUUUUAACGUCAGGUCAUACGGUGUAAUUUCACACAUGAUGGCAAUCAGCCUGAACGUGACCAAACACAUUCCCUCGCAGUCUCCACACAUGCUUUAUGUAGCAGCUAUAAACCCUAAGUGUUGUUUUGUUAUUUUUGAGGAAAUGCACAUAGUGUGCCUGAACCAAAUAAAUGUAUAAUGCCACGCUA